UUUUCCGUUGACAGUCUGCAGUCACUCCUGUUGUGCAGUCGGAGCGCGCGCACGGCCACAGGGACGCGGCGGGGAUGACAGCGCGCCUCUCGUUCUCUCAGUACCGCUUAGAGGCGGAGGUUGAGCGCUGCCGAGCCGAGUGUCAGUGGGAUAAAAUACCGGCUUUAGUGGAGCAGCUCGCUUUAGCACGGAUACAUGAGGAUGAUGAUUACGGGACACUGCUGUUGGCAGAAGCUCUGUUAGAGGAGUGUCUGCUGGAGAACGUGACCCUGCUGAAGAAUUCAACGCCUUUGACGGAGCAAUCCCAGCCCAAGCUAGCCAAAGCCAAAGCUCACCUCGACAGCAUCCUCAACAAGGGGCGUCUGGAGCCGAGAUACUUGAAUGAAGCUCUGCUCCUGUUGGUGAAGGUGCACUAUGUACAGGGUCGCUACAGGGAUGCUCAGGGCAUGUGUGCCAAAGCUGGAGUCGAUGAUUUCAUACGGCAGGAGCAGCCUCUCUACCAGCUGCGCAUGCUGGCUGAGGCAUUUGUCAUAAAAGGUUUGUCUAUAGACCAUCAGCGUCUGUCCGGUGCUUCCCGUAUUCGACUGUCUGAGAAAGAUGAAGAAUGCCUGGCCUGUUACCUCAUGGCCUGUGAUGCUGGCCUGUUGUACCUGCAAGAGCUGGACAAGACUGUAACCACGCCAAGCUCCAAAACAACUAAGAGCGGCUCAUCUGCCCCUGCCUGCGAUGUGGACCCAGGUUUCUUUCUUCAAGCUGCCCUUCAAAGUGCAUACCUGUCUCUGCUGCACAAAGGUCACUUGGCUCAGGGGACACACCAGCUGCGGAGGGUCAUGAGGGUUGUUGAGAGUCGGGGCUCUCAAAGUUUUAGGAAGAAAGUAGCAUGCAGACUUGCAGAAGUGUUGUUGACUUCAGUGAGUGAAGAUGCUUACUGGAUUCCACUGACACCUCCACCACCAGACUGGCUGAACAGAGAGGGAAUCACACAGCCUAAAGAUGCCAUGUACCCCUCCUCCAGACCACCACAGAGCUACAGCACUGAAGGAAGUUUCUGUCCACAAGACGUUGUUGAAGAAGCGGUGCUUCUGCUCCUCAUCACAGAAUCUAUGGCCAGCGUUGAGGCAGUGAUCAGCCGUACACCAGAGCAUCGGGAGGAGAGAGAGAGCAGCAUCCAGGAUGCUACCUCUGUGUAUGACCUGCUAAGCAUUGGUAUGGCCAGAAGGGGGCAGUACUCCAUGCUAUCACAGUGUUUGGAGCGGGCCAUGAAGUUCUCCUAUAAUGAGUUUCAUCUUUGGUACCAGCUUGGCUUGUCUUUGAUGGCAAGCGGGAAGAAUGAAGGGGCUGUGUCUGUACUUAAAGAAUGUGCUGCAAUGAGACCACAGGACCCCACACCACCUCUGCUAGCGGCCAAAGUGUGCAUUAAUCAUCUGCACUGGCUGGAGGAGGCGAUGUCUCUCGUAGGACGUGUGGUUGGUUUAGGAGAAUGUGCCGGUGAAUCUCUUCCUCGAGCUCAUCUCGCCAUAGGCCUGUGUCGCAGUCUGCAGGCCUCCGAUGCCACUGUGAAAGCCGAUCGAGACGAAUUUAACAGAAGAGCACUACAGUCACUACGAAAAGCGCAGGCACUGGACCCUCAGGAUCCUCAGAUAUCUUUCUACCUCUCUCUACAGCUCGCCCUGGUCCGACAGGUUUCAGAUGCAAUGGAGCCAUUGCAGUCGGCUCUGAAUAUACAUAGUGAUGACCUCCACUCUCUACAUCUGCUGGCUUUACUGCUCAGUGCACAGAAACACUACCAGCAUGCCCUGGACACACUUAAACUCGCUCUUAACCAAUACCCAGAUGACUUUAAUCUCCUCUUUACCAAAGUAAAGCUGGAAGAGGCUUUAUUUGGCCCCGGAGUAGCUUUACAGACCUGUGCAGAGAUGCUGGAGCUGUGGCAGAGUCGCUUUGACUUGAUCCGACCCAGCGAAGAAGAUGACAAUAGUAGUACACCUCCAGAUCCAGGCCCAUUGAGCAAAAAACCCAGCGGCCUCCACCUCGCGCUGCCAGAUUUUCAGGAGACAGAGACUGGGUCUCAGAGCGCUCUGUCUUUAGCUGUGUCCCGUCUGGAGCAGGCCAUGUCUGAGGUGUCAAUCCAUAGCUCAACCCACAGACAGGGCCCCGCCUACAUUUGGACCACUCUGGAACGCAUCUGGCUGCAAGCAGGAGAGUUGUUCAUCGCAGACGGCAGAAGGAAGGAAGCUCAGUUUUGUGUGCAGGAGGCAGGAACUCUUUUCCCCACCUCACAUUCAGUGUUACUGCUGAAGGGCCGACUGGCUGAAGUCAGGGGCAAUGACACGGAGGCCAAGACCCUUUAUGACGAAGCUCUCGCCAUCAACCCGAGAGGACAUCGCAUACUGCUGCACCUAGGGAAGUUGUUGGUACGCAAAGGUCGUGUGGAUCUCGGGGAGAAGAUGCUAAGGGAUGCGAUACAAAUCCAGAACACAGCACACGAGGCCUGGAGCAGCCUGGGGGAGGCGCUGCAGAGAAGAGGUAGCCCACAGGCUCCCGACUGUUUCCUUACUGCACUGGAGCUGGAGUCCAGUUGUCCAAUUCGACCCUUUACCAUCAUACCACGAGAACUGUGACUUAUUUAUUUCAGUUAACUCGUCAAUUAAGAAAAAAUGCUUCCCUGCCAAUGACGAGUUUUUCAGGCAAUCCGUAUUUCCACUAUUAUCCACCAGGUGGCGCUCUUACCCAACCCGGAAGCAACCCCUCACAUCAAACAGUUCAAACUCAAUGUUUUGAUGAUCGCUCUGAAUUUGAUUUCUAUCAGAAGUCUUUCACAAAAAUGCACUUAUUUUAGCUUUGUGCUCAAAAUUUUGUAUUUUUAAAUUUUAAAGAAACCUACCCAUAUUUGAGAGGUCAUAAAAAGAGAACAAGUAAAGAUAGGAUAGGACGUUU